AUGGCCACCGAUGCUAACAACAAGGUUUUGCCUCUCGCCUUUGCCAUUGUGGACAAAGAGUCAGGGCCUAGUUGGAGGUGGUUUUUAGAACAUCUCAGGAUCUCACUGGAAGAUGUGAUAGCAGAUAAGGACAUUUGCAUAAUUUCUGACCGACAUAAGGGUAUUCAAAACGCAAUUGUAAACUGGCCUAGAGAUGAUGAUGGACGACUACGAGUAGUUCACAGAUAUUGCCUUCGACAUGUUACUAGCAACUUUAACACGCAUUUUCAAGAUGCCACUUUAAAGUCAUUGGCCUUGAAAAUGGGGUAUACUACUCAGGAAGUUAAGUUUGAGUUGUACAUGCAACCUAUCAAGGAAGCCGAGAUUGAGGCCCUUAGGAAGAAACGAAGAACCGAGCGGCAGGAAAGUGAACCCGACUCAUCCAUCAUGCCAUACACAUAUCUAAUGAAAGAGGAUCUAAACAUGUGGACCCAGCUACAUGAUGGUGGAUACCGUUAUGGGGCUAUGACAACCAAUGUCUCAGAAUGCUUCAAUGGAGUACUAAAAGGUGCCCGUGGCCUAUCCAUUGCUGCAAUUGUUGAAUUCACUCAUUGCAAACUUGUUGCGUAUUUCCAUGAUCGACACAAAGAAAUUACUCAUGAUCUCUCACAGGGCAAGGUAUGGAGUAAAUAUGCCUUAAAAAUCUAUGGACAAAACCUACAAAAAUCUCUUGGCCACCAUAUAAAUGCGUUUAAUUAUGUGAAUGGUAUAUAUCAAGUAAUUACUGCAUACAACAUCCAUAGCUCUGGAGGGAGACACCAUAGUCAUGAAGUAAACCUAAUGGACAGAACAUGUCGUUGUGGAAAGUGGCAAAAUCGAAAGAUCCCUUGUUCACAUGCAAUUAAAGCUCUUCAGCACUUGGGGCAAGAUGCGACUACAUAUAUUGACCCAUGUUAUAGUUUGAACAAUGUCAUUCGCACCUACUCACAUGCAUUUGUGGUGCCAAAGUCAGAGUCAUUGUGGAGGGAUGUGAACGGUCCAAAGUGGGUGCCUAACCCAAACCUGUUGCGGGGCAAAGGUCGACCUGUGGUGUCUAGGAUACGGAAUGAGAUGGAUGGGGUCCGACGAGAACUAGGAAGCCGGAGGCCAAAUUUUGACUUGAGGGAGAUUCAACAAAAGCAAAGUUGUGGACUGUGUCAUCAACAUGGGCAUAACUGUAGAAGAUGUCCACUUUCUCGUGGGGCUUCGACAAGCAGUAAUGAUCCAAACUAG